AAAGAAUUGAAACUUUUCCUCCGAACUCUCGGAGGCAUGCUCGUGAGGAAGCAGAUGCUGAGGAGGAUGUGUCACCCGUUGUUUAGGGGUGAUUUAGUACAGGGGCUCAACCCAUUGUCACAUGCUCAUCGGAUAUGCCUCUUACUUCGAUGAGUAGUGGUGUUGAAGUCAGAUCGACACAAACUCAAGUGUCCAGUCCCCGGAUUACAUACCCUAAUGGAUUUAGCUACACUAAGGUGGACUGUCAUGCCGCUAUACUACAGGUGCUCAAGCUGAAGGAAGAACUAGAGAAGGCUGAAGUUGAAAAAGAAAAUGGGAUUCAAGCCGCUAAGGAAAAGGCAGUGCAUGCUGAAAAGUGCACGAAAAAGGCCGAAGUUGAAAGAAAAAGUGCUCUAAACGAGUUGAACACCUUAAGGGCUCAAGUGGCUGCGGCAAAUCAAAACGUUGCACGUGGUUGGGAAGCCUUGGACCAAAUGAAGGGAGAGGAAAUUGACGAGCAAGGGAAGAGCUUUCUCCCUCAUGUUGAUAUAACAGUAUGCCUCAAAUGGGAGUUGAAUAAGGAUGGAGUGCCAAUAUGGCCUCUAACUAUUCUUGAAGAAGGGGAGGUUUUGGAUUCCUUGCCAAGCUUCAAUGCUUGGGUAACCGAGAUGCCUAACGUGGAAGUAGAACCUUCAAGCACCCUGCCUUUCUCUCAAUUCGCACUAUCAUCAGCUCAUGAUAAAGCAACAAGCAGUAUUCCUGUGGCCUUGACAAAUAAUUAAAAGGAUAGAGUUGUUGCUAGCUUUGUAUUUUUGUUAUUUAAGUUAACUUUUGAUUGUUUCAUUUUUGAACUGAUGUAGUUUGCACUAUUAUUUAAUGAAACAAACGUAUUUUA